AUGGCAGCUCAGCCUGAAACAGAGGGCUCAACUUUACUUAAGGCCUACCUAUGGCAGACAGUGAUGCCAACUGGGGAGAAGGCGCCAGAAUCGGGACCUAUUCACGAUGGAUCAGAGAGCAGCAGGUGCAAGAGGAAGAUACAGAAGUGGAAGCGAGUGCACAGCCAUCCUGAGGCUGAAGUUCCUGAGCCUGGACCCCACGAUCUCCCACCAUUGGCUUCCCAAGAGAGCAGAGCGGCCACCAAGAGAUCCAUCUUCCAGAGGGCUUUCUCUCUGCCAGGCAGGAUGAGCAAGGCCCAGGAGAGGAGCAGCAAGCUCAGUGUGAGGAAGUACCUGCGUUCCAUGUCUCAUUGGAAGAACCAAGAGGCCCCCUCCCAAACAGUGAGGGAGACCAAGGAAACAGGCGAAGGUGACGAUUCUGUUGUCCAGUUGAUUCCAAGAAUGGGUGUCCCUCCUUGGGAUGUGGCUAACGUAUCUCUGCAGGAUGGACGGCUGAUGUUAUGGAGCAGAGAUGAGGAGAAUCUGCUCGAGAAGCGGAAACGAACCAGCAAUUCUGUUCCAGAGAAUAACUCAAUAUUCGGACCAGAUAAGGAGAAUACAGAGUUCUUCGUAGGAGGGCAGGCUCCUGAGAACAAGCCUUUCCAGGAUGCUUCUUCAGGCACACAUCUUGGCAAUGUGAAGGGGACACUUUGGAGACGGUUCAGAGAUCGGAAGGGACGGGUCCAUCCUAAUGAAUCUGCUGUGAAUGGCAAUAGGGAGGCCUUGCCUGGCCCAGCUCUCACCCUGGACCUAAGCAAUGAGAAAGAAGUCUUGAUCCGACCCCUUCAUAGCAGCCUUGUGGGAGAGCAGCACUGCUUUGAGAUCCUGAGGGCUGGGAAACGCUACUGCUUUAACUGUUCAUCUGCUGCUGAGAGAACCCAUUGGAUGGAGAACAUACGUCAAGCUGUCCAGCCCAGUAUGGACAACGUCCAACGGGUGGAAAACAGGUUAAAUCUUUGGGUAUAUGAAGCCCGAGACUUGUCUCCCAGGAAGCACUACCACUGUGAAAUCCAAUUGGAUGGGAUCCUGUAUGCCCGC